CGGAACCCCCUCUCGGCAGAUCUACUUCGCCUAUGGGCGUAUUUUAAUAAUCAGGAUCUUUAGUUUGAGCUUCUUCGACAUGGCGACUCCGAGGACCCCGAAUGGCUACGAGAGCUCACUAAAGACGAGUUAAGCUUCGAUAGUGCGGUGCGGGUGUUGAGUACCCAUGGACUAGUGGAGGUAGCCACUUCUUCACAAGAAUGGAUCGAGUCCAAAGGGUAUAGCAUUCAUAGAUGUGUUCACUCCUGGACUAUUCACGCUCUGAACCAAGAGUGGGACCACGAUCUAGCUAGGAUAGCUGUGAAGUUUGUAGGGGCACAUGUCCCUGGAAGGAAGGAUAUCCAGCCAUAGUUAAUGCAACGUCGACUUCUUCAGCAUGCAGCGAGGUGUUCACAUCUGGCUUUAAACAGCUUAGUAGUAGACGAUGGGCUGGCAGAUGAAUAUCACAAUUUGGGUAUCCUCUACUCCGUCCAGGGCAAGCUAGUCGAGGCCGAGCAGAUGUACCAGCGGGCACUGCAAGGCUACGAGAAGGCAUGGGGUUUAGAGCACACGUCGACGCUCGAUACAAUUAAUAACUUAGGUCUCCUCUACAAAAAGCAAGGCAAGCUAGUCGAGGCCGAGCAGAUGUACCAGCGGGCACUACAAGGCUACGAGAAGGCGAUCGGUCCAGAUAAUAUCACUACUUACGUCCCAUCGCUAAAAACGAUCUUAAACCUAGGCCUUCUCUUCGAACGUCAAGCUGAUUUAGCGAAGGCAAGGACUAUGUUUUCAGAGGCGUUACAUGGGUAUGAGCAAGUUUUCGGACCUGAUCAUGCUAAGUCCGAAAAUUUGCGAGAUUACUUAUAUGAUUUAGAUGUCGGGGUAGAGAACGAAGCCUCAAUUCAAAUAGAAGAGCGUGCGGACCACUUACAAGUAGGAUCGUCGCAUUUUGGUAUCAAAAAGCCUCCCUCAAUAUCGAAACGGCACAGCUGUUUCUGUGACGGGUUGAACCCGAUAUUUGGCUGCACUACUACGUAGUGCAGCCUGCACGUGACUACGCGGGCCUGCACAUGACUGCGCGACGCCAAAGCGCGCGGGCCAUUCUACGAACCAGCGAGAGCCCCUUUUAAAAGAGCUCCUCGUACAAGAUAGAACUCUUCUCUCUUUAGUUAAUUCUUCUUGUAAUACAAUCAGGUUCUUGCUUUGACUCAUUGC